AUGUGUCGACUCACCAAACCCAUCACAUACUAUUGCGACGAUGACCAAGCAUCCCCGCCACAUGUCUAUCUCAACCCAGAGUCGGAGCAAUGGGAAGGAUGUUUAAAUCAUCACAAUGUAAACCUUCGCGGAAAAGUAUUCUCAGCACCAGAGAGAACAUGUUACGAUGCACCCGAUCAAGCGCCACUCGCGAAGUCAGUUUGUCCCGAUUGCUAUUUUAAAUGGGGAACUGAGCGUACCGCCAUCAUAAAUGCGCAUAUGAAGGCUAUUCUCCAACGCAUGGAUGAACUUUGUGGACUCUUCAACAACCCCAGCAAACUCAGGGCGGAAAUGCGUUCUUUGUCUCACUUGGUUUUCGAUUUUGCGAUGUAUAUAGAGAUGCCCGCGCCGAAUGAAAAGUAUACUCAGUAUAUGCCGCCUCCAAAAGACGCCGGGUAUAGGGAGAAUAAUACAUCUAGUGGUACUAAGUACUUUGAUCAGCUCCUCCAUGUGGAUAUCCCGCAGUGGCGGAAAUUGGCGGAUAUUAUAAGACGUGGGAACAGCGAGGUGAAAAAUGAAUCAUUGGCAGAGAUAUUUGGCCAGCUUGCUCGUUUACAUGUGGUGACAAUUGAAGUGAGUCGAAACUACGAUAUGAGUCCAUUAGAUUUCCCCUGGAAAGAAUUCAUCGUAAUAAAUCAUGUUCCUCUGAUGACUUGUGAAGAUAUCGAGUUCCAUACCCAAUACUCAGUAGUUCCCCUCUCAGUUCACUUUUUUUCCCUUCUUAAGUACAACCAAACACUUGCUCGGAUAUCAACACUGAACUCUCCAAUAAUUCGACGAUUGAAAAUCAAACAUAAAACAACAGUUCAAGACGAAGUCACUCUACUAUCAGAUCUCAGAGAUAGUUCUUCCGGUACAGGUAAUAUGAAUCUCUCUCACAGAGUGAAAUCACCCGCCAACGUCGCUCGAUACUACUGCGAUAGCCGCCCAGACGAUCACAGAUAUCAGCCCAACCAAGAUUGGGAUGGAUGUGAUCGUCAAGAAAACCCGGAGCUUCAAAACCAACGCUUCCGAGAACGUCCAGAGAGACGGCCGUGUCGUUAUAGCCUCAAUCCUCCUUUGCCAGAUGACAUUUGUCCCGAUCACCGUGCAGAAUUUGGUGAUGCUGAUAGCAACACCGUGCAAAGAAACAUCUCUGUACUACUCGAACGGUUGAGAGAAGCCAGCAACUACCGCGAACUCGCUACAGGGGCCCCUGACAUAAGGGACAACGUUUUUUUCGAUGUUAUAUACUAUCGCCGUUGGCUCGAUCCAAAUCCUGCGAGAAAUGAGCGAUAUACAGAGUAUGGAGACCAUCCACGACAUCCACGGCCUCCAAGGAACUGGGGAAACAAAACACGCGUGUAUGAAUAUUGGCAAGCUCUUAAGAACCUGGAACAAGGUACUAUCCGCAGAGAAGUAGAUGCUGAGGAGGAUAACCAGGCUAGACCGGACGUGAUGAGGCGUCUUUUGUUUCAACUUUACCGGGCAAAGAUCGAGUGUCAAAGGGCGUGGGUGGCUUUGAACCGUCCUCUUCCUCCAGACAUUUAG